AUGUCUUCGGUAAACACUAUCACACAGUCGUUGGCCUCGUUGGGGCUCAAACAGACCGAGAAACCCGUGGAAGCUUCCCACCCAGAGUACAAUGUCGUGGAUGUGAUGAGAAACUACAUCACUGAGGAAGUGCACUCCAUCACUGGCAUUGCUAAGGAUAUCAUUUUCCCAGCCUUGGACCAGCCCAAUGUCAUGGAAAAGGGUGACUUGCUUGUUCCCUUGCCAAGAUUGAGGCUUCCAAAGGGCACUGACUUCAAGGCCAAGGCCGCUGAGAUUGCUGAAAAGUUCAACAAAGGUGGCUACAUCUCUGAGGUCAAGGCUGAGGGCCAAUUUUUGCAGUUUUUCUUUAACCCAAAGACGCUUUUCAACCUUGUGGUGAAGGACUCGUUGACCAGAAGAGAGGACUACGGCUACUUGCCUCUCGGCGUGGGUAAGAAGAUUGUCAUUGAGUUUUCAUCUCCCAACAUCGCCAAACCUUUCCAUGCUGGCCACUUGAGAUCGACUAUCAUCGGUGGAUUUUUGUCCAACUUGUACGAGAAAGCUGGAUGGAGCGUCAAGAGAAUCAACUACUUGGGUGACUGGGGUAAGCAGUUUGGUCUUUUGGCUGUUGGUUUCGAAAAAUACGGAAACGAGGAGAAAUUGGCUUCAGAUCCCAUCAACCAUUUGUUUGAGGUCUACGUUAAGGUCAAUAAGGACAUUGCUGAUGAAGGCGAGAUUGAGGGUGGCACCAACGACAAGGCCAGAGCUUACUUCAAGAGAAUGGAGGACGGUGAUGAGUCUGCUUUGAAGAUCUGGAGAAGAUUCAGAGAGUUGUCUAUUGAGAAGUACAUUGACACCUAUGCUCGUCUCAACAUUCAAUACGAUGACUACUCGGGUGAGUCUCAGGUUCCUCAGGAAUCUAUGAAGAAUGUCACGAAGAUCUUCACUGAGAGAGGGUUGAUCCACGAGGACAGAGGUGCCAAACUCAUUGACUUGACCAGAUUCAACAAGAAGUUGGGCAAGUGUCUAGUGGAAAAAUCUGACGGUACAUCCCUUUACUUGACCAGAGAUGUGGGUGAGGCUAUUAGACGUAAGGAGAAAUACGACUUCGACAAGAUGAUUUACGUUAUUGCAUCCCAGCAAGACUUGCAUACUGCUCAGUUCUUUGAAAUCUUGAAACAGAUGGGUUUCGACUGGGCCAAGAACUUAGAGCACAUCAACUUCGGUAUGGUGCAAGGAAUGUCCACUAGAAAAGGUACUGUGGUGUUCUUGGACAACAUUUUGGAAGAGACCAAGGACAAGAUGCAUGAGGUGAUGAAGAGAAACGAGAGCAAGUACGAGCAAAUCGAGGACCCCGAGAAGGUUGCCGAUUUGGUUGGUAUCUCUGCCGUGAUGAUCCAGGAUAUGCAAGCUAAGAGAAUCAACAACUAUGAAUUCAAGUGGGACAGAAUGCUUUCUUUUGAAGGUGACACUGGUCCAUACUUGCAAUACGCCCACUCUCGUUUGAGCUCAAUGCAAAGAAAGGCCAACAUCCCCGAAGAGAAGUUGGUGAACGCCAACUUUGACUUGUUGACCGAGCCAUGUGCAGCAUCCUUGGUUAGGGUAUUGGCUCAGUACCCUGAUGCCAUCAAGAAGGCAUUGAAGACGAGCGAGCCUUCCGCCAUUGUCACCUAUUUGUUCAACCUCACGCAUAUUGUGUCUCAGUGUUACGACAUUUUGUGGGUCGCUGGCCAAGAAGAGCAGUUGGCCACUGCCAGAUUGGCGUUGUACGCUUCUGCCAAGCAGGUUUUGUUUAACGGUAUGAAGUUGUUGGGGUUGACUCCAGUGGAGAGAAUGUAA